CAUCGGGGCGGAUAACGAGGUCGACUGGAUAGGGUGUAUUUAUUUAGCAUAGAGAUAAACGAACUUGCGAUUAUAAGUGCUUAACAUCAGGUGUGCCGAAAAACUACUAAUGUUGAAUUUUAUCACGUUGUUAAAAUCUACCAGUAAACACCAAAACAAAGAUUAUUAGAAUUAUUAAUAAUUCGUCUGUUUGUCAAGAAGUGGUAUGGACAUUAAUCUCAGUAAUGGCCUUAACUGAUUUGUGAAGAUUUCAUUUUUUUUUAUGUAAUUGAUACGACCACCGAGUAUAGUAUACUGAUAACAGUAAUGCGUUGCCAUUCCUGUAGACUACCAUAUAUCAUAUCUUUUAUUCUGUAAUUUCACUGUCUUAUCAGCAAUCAGAACAGAUCUUACAAAGCAAGCUUCUAUUAUCCACAUUUUGCAAAGUUUAUCUCGGUGAAAAAGAAAGUAUCUAAGUAAAAAGAAAGUAAUCAUGUUUAAGAUUUAUUUUGGAUAAGUAUUAGGUAUAUAAAUUCAUAUUAGUAGAUAAAUAAUUAAUACAUACCGAAUUGUGUAGUAUUAAACAAAAUUAUGAAGACAUUACCACUUGUACCUGUUUUUUAAUAGAUAGGUAGGUACCUACGUAAACAGGUGACCAUUAAUUUUUAGUCAGUUCAUUACGUAAUAAGAAAAAAGAUAUCUAAUAACUCCUUAAGGAACUACCUACCUAUUUAUGUAAUUAAUAUUUAAUUACUUUCUAAAACAGCUACUUAGUUACUUACUAAUACUGUUAUAUUCACUAUAGUAGGUAUUCUCUUUAAGCACCUACCUAUUUACGGAUUGUCCUACCUAAUAAUCUAAAUUAGGUAGGUAGGUGAUAAACCUGCAUAAAACUUACCAAAAUUGAGUACAUAUUUAGAUAAUGUACGAAAAAAUUAAAUAUGAUUGAAACUUUCAAUUCACUUUUAAAUCACAAUACUGACAACCCUGCACCGUGAAAUAGAAAAUUGAUUUCCGACGGCACUUUACCGUCGGGUGAAGCACCGCCGGUAGCGACCUACAUUCGCACAUUUUGUUACUUGCAAUACAAAUCGCCAUAGUUGCACUCAUUAGUACGGUCAAAUUUAUUGAACACUACAUUCACGCAAAAAAAAAUAAAACGUGAAGAACGUAUGAAAGUAUCGCGAUCGUACACGGGAAGGUUGCGUUUCUGGGGCCGCCAUAUUGCGGCGCGCCCCGCCCGCCACCGCACCGCGCGCCUAUUGGCCCCACCAUCGCCAAGGCGGGGCCACCAGCGCCUAAAUGUUGCCAGCUUUUUGAAUAAAUAAUUUCAGUAAUUUAAGUAAUGAAGGCAAUUAUGGCGUUGUUUAGCUAAGUUCGCGCGGCGGCGAGUGGGAACUUUAUAUUUAUACCGCUCUCUUUAUGUACGCCGACGCGCGGUUAAUGCGCCCGAUCUGUUUACGUUGCGAACCGGGAGCGGCUUUUAUUUAUUGCGGGUGACUCCACUGCACGGUACGCGAUUUAAACUGCAAUUAUUUUCUCUGUUAUAAGGAAAACAUAUUGCAUAAUUUAAAUGAGUUAGGAUAAUAUAAUAUCCUAGUAGAUUGCAGCCAGUACUUACUCAAAGCUUCUUUGCAGAUUUAUUAUUACUGUACCUACUGAUCAAUGUAAGUGAGUAUAUCCGUGUUUUAUUAUCACUCGUAGUUUUCUUUACUUUAUGUUAUUAACAAUUCCUAUAUUGGAUAUAUUAAAAAUAAUGCUAUACACAUUUGAAUAUCUCUAGUCAAUUAAUUAACUUACCGUAACAAACUGGAUAUUUCUUACAACAAAAAGAGGCGUGAUCAAUUUAUGUCACGUCACGAUAGUCCGUACAAGAUCUACUGUCCACAUUCAGCCGGCUGAAGUAAACAGUGACGUCACGAAGCGUCAUCGAGCCGAUAAAAAGUCGAUUUUAUUCGCACAAGUUCGGCCAGCUGACUGCGUCCCCCGCUCCGCUACCCGCUGCCGCACGCACUGAAUUUUCAUUGUGGCGAGAUUUCAGUUAGAGGGAGAGAGACAUUUACUUAAAACGUGCGUGUAAGGGAGACGUAGGUAUGAGAAAACGCGGCGCGAGUUGGCGCGGUGGGCGGGCGGUCGCCGGAUGAUGUAUAGAGUGGUGGAGUUAGGUUCAAAUUGCUUCGGGAAGUGGCCGAGAUUAGAGCCAGCGCGGGCCGCACCGCGCCGCGAGCGUAAGCCCACUUAAGACUGUUUUUAAUACUAGUAUUUUUUACGCGAUCCCGACAGGAUUUAGCGGAUAAGCGACGUCGCCGCGAUCGUGCGCUUUGAUUUAUCGGUUUCGGAUUCGGAUUCGGUUUGUUUUCUGGUGUUUACGUUAGUGGGUGACGGCCGGCCGCGGGUGGACGUAACAACUAAUCCCGUGGCUUGUACCAGAUUAUGACGGAUAUCAUCGGAUUUCGUGUACACACACUGUGAAAAUCAGCAUUCUGAGGAAUCAACGAACUUAUAUAUCCCACAAUCCAUACGUAAAGUCAGCUGUAACAUUUUGAACCAGUGGAAGAUGUCAUUCCGCGCGUAAUCUCAACGUGCCCAACCAGUCGCCCGCGCGACAUUCCCCGACAGUCUCAACAAAGCAUCAUCAUUCACCUCAGGGUGUAUAAAGAAGCGCUAGCGGCCGGCAUGGAGCCGCUAAGCGAAAAUGGACUCUGCCUCUCGGAGUUAGAUCUCCAUGGAGGCGGUCACCUACACGAUUCGGUGGCCGCGUCUGUGGGUUCCGCUAUCUCAAGUUUGAUGGCUCCACUGCAUCAUGAGGCCCAACACGCACCAUUACACCACGCUCCCCCGCUACACCAUGAGCCGUUGGAGAAAUUAAAAUUAUGGGCAGAAACAGGAGAAUUUCGAGACAGCGGACAUUCGUCGCUAGCAUCUGCUGGAUCCGGAGUGGACCAAUCACUAUACGCACCCCCGAGGCCAAGGCGUGAUCGUAAACAUACAGACGAUAGUAAUCGCCCCCUUACCUCAGAGCCUACGAUAAAGACGGAAUCAACGACCCCCGGUGUGGGACCCGACGAGCCGUCUCUAGACGACAAAGGGGAUAAAAAGAACAAGCGACAACGACGUCAAAGAACACACUUCACGAGCCAACAACUGCAGGAGCUAGAAGCGACGUUUGCAAGAAAUCGCUAUCCAGACAUGUCGACGCGCGAGGAGAUAGCCAUGUGGACUAAUCUCACAGAAGCGAGAGUUAGGGUAUGGUUUAAAAACCGAAGAGCGAAAUGGCGAAAACGUGAAAGAAACGCAAUGAAUGCAGCUGCGGCUGCAGCUGCAGACUUCAAAAACGGUUUCAGUAGCCAAUUUAAUGGUUUAAUGCAGCCGUUCCCGGAUACCGAUGCACUCUACUCAAGCUAUCCAUAUAAUAAUUGGGCCGCGAAAGUGCCCAGUCCAUUAGGCACAAAGAGUUUCCCGUGGCCAGUGAAUCCCCUCGGAUCGGUAGUACCGGCGAGUCAUCACCAAGGAUCCGUAAAUUGCUUUAACACUGCAACGUCUAUGGGAGGUGUCGGUGGGGGCGGGAUGGCAGGUGUGGCAGGUUCGGCUGGAGUCGGAGGAGGAGUCGCACCCUGUCCGUACACAGCACCUCCGAACCCGUACAGUAUGUACCGCACGGAGCCGUGUCCGGCGAUGUCGUCUUCCAUAGCGUCACUACGGUUGAAAGCGAAACAACAUUCGUCAGGGUUCGGUGGCGGGUACGGGACCGUUUCGCCAGUGUCACGUGCGGGUUCGGCGCCGCUGUCGGCGUGCCAGUAUGCAGGCGGUGUGGGUGUGUCGGACCGGGUGCUUUGAGAGGAGGCGCGCGGCCGCGAGGAGGUUCGCUCGCCGGCGCCGCCGUUGCUCGCUGUCGCGCGCGCCUCCUAGUCGCCGCCUGCGCGGGCGCCGUCCGACACCACGCAUACCACCGGCCUCUAUAGGCACCUUUGGGACUGGUUCGACUGAGUGGACUUUGUGUGCGCAAUUAUCCAAUACCCACAUAAUAAAGAAACGGUGAUUCUAUUCCAAGAGUUUUUAAGAAUCGGGUAUGAGAUAGUGUUAAAUUGCUGUGUCAGUAUAGGGCGCGUUUCGCGCGUAAAUUCCUCAUGUAGAUCAAGGUUUGUUACGAAACUUCGGGCAAUAAAGAAUUAACGAUUCGUCUUAGAUUAUGUUAAUGUAAAUAUGUAGUUAUGUAUGUACGUAUACCAAAGCGAUGUGUGCAAUUUUUACAAGCUUACAAUGUACUUAGAUUAUGGAGUUCUAUUUUUAAGUGUGUAGCUUAUUAUCGAAAAUUGUAAAUAAUGAAAUUAGGUUAUUUAUUUGUUUCGUAUCAGACGAAAAGUUUAAUUGUACGAAUUGCCAUUAAUAUGUGCAAGCUCUUGUUAUUAUCUAGAUAACGCUAUUAUUUUGUUUUGUAUAAAAACAGACAUGAAUUUUCGACAAUCACAAUCAAGUUUGUAUCGUCAUUGUAUGAUAGAAUAUGCAUUUAUUUAUUUACUAGACGACAUUAUAAACAGAAAAUAUCUUCAUUACAUGUUUAAAUACAGUAUGUACUAUUUAUUAUCCAAAAUUUCAAAUAAUUUUAGUCAAUAGUUUAAAGACAAUUCUUGUGUCAAAUGAAUAUGUCUGUUAUUUUUGAGUGGUCACUUUAUAACUUCAAAGAGUAACUAAAUAUAAAUAUUUUCAAUAAAUUAAUUCAAUAUUAUCUUAGACUUAUAUUUUUAACGACUUACUAAAUCUGUAUGGCGGUUCAUUAUU